GCCAGUGUCUCUCUUCUAAACGCUAGCAGCGAGAAUAAUACUUCACAGCCCGAAACACAGAAGCGCAGAACAGUCUUCAGUCGCCGCGGUAGAUGUGCGACUCCAAACGGGGGCCACAGUGACUGCGAUAAAGAAGGGACAAGAAAACGCACUUAGAGGGAGAAUGCCAGCUAAAACCAUGAACUCCGAUUUGGAGUUUGACUCCUUGCAGCCUUGCUUCUACCCGGACGAGGAUGACUUCUACUUCUGCAGACCAGACGCCGCACCGCCUGGUGAGGACAUCUGGAAGAAAUUCGAGCUGCUGCCCACUCCUCCUCUGUCCCCGAGCCGGGCAGCUCUUCCAGGGGACCCAGGGGAGCUGGGUGCGGUGGCUGGGGAUUGCUCUCUGAUGGGCUUUGGAUUAACAGACCCGUUGGACUGGGCUUCCGAGCUUCUGUUCUUACCAGAAGAUGACAUUUGGGGGGCGUCAGACGGGGACCUCUUUGGCUCAGUUUUGGAUACUACAGACAAUUCCAUCAUCAUUCAGGACUGCAUGUGGAGUGGCUUCUCGGCACGUGAGAAAUUGGAGCGGGUGGUCAAUGAGAAACUGGGGAAAGCCGUCUCUGCUUCCACCGCUACUGAAGCUGGGAAAGACACAACAGUCAAGACGCCUGAAAUGAGCCACUCUAUACCGGAGUGUGUGGACCCUACCGUGGUUUUCCCUUAUCCAGUCAACAAAAGAAACGGGAGCAGCAGCAGCAGCCAAAGUGUAACACAGCUGAGGAGCCAACACUUGCCUCCAGUCAGCGCAGACGAGACUCCAAGUGACUCUGAUGAUGAUGAAGAAGAAGAUGACGAUGAUGAUGACGAAGACGAUGAAGAAGAAGAAGAAGAAGAAGAGGAGAUCGAUGUGGUCACGGUGGAGAAAAGGCGUUCAAUCACCAGCAAGAUAACCAGCACUGGUCUGUCUGCCACCUCUCAAGCGUCCUCAGGGCGGGUGGGAUCCGGGGUGAGCAAAGCUCCCCAGGAGCUCAUUCUGAAGAGGACGGCAGCAGCCUCCAUUCACCAGCAGCAACAUAACUACGCAGCCCCAUCCCCGUACUCCGACCAGCAAGACGUUCCCAGCGCUCCCCCAAGCAAGAAGCUCCGAAUCGACAACAGCACUAUAACUCUACGCACUGGCAGGAACCAGAACUCUUCCCCAAGCUCCCCUACUAACGGCGUACCAAGCCAGCGGCUGAGGAAGAGCGACUCCAGCAGCCCACGCUGCUCAGAUUCCGAGGACAGCGAACGCCGGCGCAACCACAACAUCCUGGAGCGCCAGCGGCGCAACGACCUGCGCUCUAGCUUCCUCACUCUGCGCGACCAUGUGCCCGAGCUGGCACACAACGACAAGGCGGCGAAGGUGGUCAUCCUGAAGAAGGCCACCGAGUACGUCAGCUCCCUGGAGGCCCAAGAGCUCCGACUCCAGCAGGAGAAAGACAGAUUGCAGGCCCGACGACAACAGCUCCUCCGCAGGCUCGAGCAGGCCAGGACUCGCUAACCCUUAACCCUCAUUGGCUGAACGCCUAAUGACGAACGGUCAAAAUAAAUCCUAGGGACACUCACUGCUGACACUUUUUUGCACAUUUUUUGACGUCAAGAAUGUUUCAGGUUUACUUUGUCACCUCAAUCACGUUACAACGAAGAGGGAAGGUGCUAAACCCUUCAACAACAAGACUCUCAUGAACACGCGAUUGGGUCGACGAACUUUGUGCUCACGCUCUUCCUGCAAAACGAACACUAAACAAAUGACACAAGACACUUCGAACGGCUAUACAGAAUAGCUCUCACACCUCACAGGUGCUGAAUCUCAUGGAUGUACCUCUGCGCACCUUGAUGUCAGACACUUUUGUAAAUAGACUAGAUCUUAAAAGAACGUACACUCAGUCUGCCUUGUUUUUGUAUACGAUUAUUGUCUUUUGGUUUUUAUAAAGAUGUCAAAAGCUGCCAAUAACUAGACUGGAAGUUUAUAUACCUUUAACAAGUACUGUAAGACCUCAAUUUUCGAGGAGUUUUGUAAUAUAAGGACACAUUGUUUUGUUUUUGGAUCUUUUUUGUCUUAUAAUCUCUCUGUUAUGACACGCUUUACUAAUUCCUACAUUUAUGCUUUAGUGUGCUUCUGAUACAUACUAAAUUUGAUACUUAUAUUUUCGUAUGAAAAUGAGUUCUGAGUAGAUAUCACUUUAUCUUGUUUUUAUCCUUUUUUCUACCUUCGUUUCUUUUGUACAGAAAAUUCUUUCUAUCUCCAUUUAUAAGGCUUCUAUUCUUUGCUGUCGUUCUCUUUCUUUGUUUAUAUAUUUGUAAGUAUUGGGUUCAUAGAACUGGGUCAGUGGGAAAAAAAAGUGUUUUUUUUCUCCUUUUCUAUAAUGUACAUUUUAGUGCUGCGACUCACAGCACUUUGAAAUACCUCAUUUUGAAAAAUAAAUAGACAUUUUGAAA